CAUCCCAAGAAAGUCCCUGAUGAAGAGGAAGUAUCAUCACGUGCAUGUAGAGACGUUGAAGAAGGCACGCGCUGAUGCAUUCCACAAUUUGUCGCGAGAUAGGUAUGACCUGAUGCAGCGUUGUUCCUGUGCCUUCUCAGUGUCUUUGUAGAAGUGACCAUCCGUCGUGGGCUUUCUUCCGAGGGCUUUGCCUGUGCAGCCAAACUACCAUUCUUAAUACCCAAUGCCGGUCAUCCUUUAGUUUUGGCGCGUUCCUGGAGUGCGGCGACCUAGACUUCCAGGACCUCAAGUGGGCCUUCGCGGUGCUCAGUCUCCUGUUUUCGCACUGCGACCGCGGCUCUCCUAGACUUCGGGACCUUCUUAGGAAGACAGCUACAUCUGAAAACUUUGCGAGGAAGACGCUUCCAAAAUUUGCGUUCCAGGUUUCGUCGCUCGAAGACUGUUCUCAGCAGGAAAGAAAUAUUCCGCAAGUUGGACGGCGUCAACGUCCAUUCCGGCGUUGUCGUCAUUUCCUCUUCCGUCAACGCAGAUGGAAGGGUAUACGUCGUGCAGUUCGACGCCUCAGGUUUCUCAAAGAUACGCUGGAAGGGAACGAGGCGCUUCAUUCCCGGAUCGCUGCUUUGCUUCAGUAAGGACAACUUCGAGACAAUCCAGGUGGCUACUGUGUCGCGUGCCAGUCAAAGUAUGCUAGGCAGGGGCGUCGUUGAAGUCACAUUCUGGAAUUGUAGCUGCGCAGUCACGGGCCAGGAUGUUGUUCUGGAAAGCAUCGCAUACUUCGAGGGUUAUCGUCAUGUAUUCCAGGCUCUGCAAAACACGCACGCUCUUCCACUGGAAAAGUACAUCGUAGGUGCGGAAUCUGUCGUUUUCCAUCCAAGUUACGUGAAUAAUUCGACGACGUUCGACAUAACGUGUCUCCUAGAGGCACCUGGUGGUACUCGCCGAAAGGUGACCCUGCUCGACCGAGACAGCUGGCCAAAGGCGGAAGAACUCCAACUGGACAGCUCCCAACUGGAGGCUCUUCAAUACGCGCUAACCCACGAACAAGGCGUUAUACAGGGACCUCCGGGAACGGGAAAGACCUACAUGGGCUUGAAGAUUGUUCAGACGCUGCUGGAGAACGACGCUGUAUGGGGUGACGGCCAAGGUCCCAUCUUGGUGGUCUGCUGUACCAAUCGCGCCCUGGAUCAGUUUCUGGAAGCCGUGCUUCAGUUCACGAAACUUGUUACCAGGAUGGGCGGUGGAUGUAAAAACAACGCCUUGAAAAGGUAUCAUGUCAAUAAGAAGUGUAAACGGACACAAGCUGGUCGGCAGUCCUCUGAAGCUCUACAGAAGCACCUUGAACGAGUGAAGACGCUUUCAACAUUGGCACAGACAGUCUUUUCCGUACCUAAGGAAGAGGACGUUGUAAAACUGCUUAUGCAUGUCAUGAGCAAGGCGUGCUGCCAGUCCUUCUUGCAAGCGGUGUUCGACGAGCAUUCCCUCUGUCAAGUGUUCAGGGUGUGGUUACGCCUGGAUCAAACAAAAGCACUCUUCCUGAAUCAAAGCAGCAAAAAGGACACGUCAAAGGUGCACAAAGCUAAAAAGGGAUCCAACAGGCGGGACCUGGACACAAGCUCUUGGGAAGCACAUCUGCGCAACAUCAUCAAGGAGGGCGAUCGAGCCACAGGAGACGAUCACGUCGAGGACGUCUGGACACUACGAUUUCGAGAGCGCUGGAAACUGUAUCGAUACUGGGUCGACAACCUGACUUCUGUGAUUGACACCUUUCAAACUUCUGCGAUGACAACAAUGGAAGAUAUGCAAGAGCGCAUGGCGCACUCCAGACUAAUGGCUGACCUACCGGUCCUUAGGGCGUCCAAGGUCAUUGGAAUGACAACAACGUGCGCGGCUAAGUACCAGGCUCUCCUCCGCGAGGUGCAACCGUGCAUCGUCAUCGUGGAAGAGGCAGCCGAAGUACUCGAAGCUCACGUGGUGACAAGCUUGGCUCCGCAAACUCAGCAUGUGAUCCUCAUCGGGGACCACCAGCAGUUGCGUCCGCCUACGAAUGUACACGAACUGUCAAUCAGAUACAAGAUGGAAGUGUCUCUUUUCGAAAGAAUGCUUAUCAACGGCGUGGGUGUCAAACAGCUCCGCGUUCAACAUCGCAUGGGGCCGGACUUCGCCCGCCUUCUCACGCCACGAUUCUACCCUGCUCUGGAGCACCACCCGUGCGUGGAACAAUACGAGGACAUUGAGGGUAUGACCACGAACAUGUUCUUCUUCAAUCACUCCUCCCCAGAGCGGAGAAAUUCUGGCAGAAGCUAUAGCAACGUUUUCGAGGCGAAUUUUCUUGUCAACCUCUGCAGAUAGCUGCUUGCUCAGGGUUACCAACCUUCUCAAAUCACUUUGCUCACGCCGUACAUGGGUCAGAAGAAGCUUCUAGAGCGCACAGCUAGUACAUAUCACGAGCUGACCGCGGUGGCCAUCACAGUAGUGGAUAAUUUCUAAGAAGAGAACGACAUCAUCCUCUUGUCCCUGGUUCGCUCCAACGAAACCGGGGAAACCGGUUUCGUUCGAGUGGCGAACCGAAUUUGUGUCCUCCUAUCCAGGGCUCGUAUGGGAUUUUACUGCGUAGGCAAUAUGACCUUACUGAGCGAGGCGUCCAACUUAUGGAGAGACAUCGUUCACGACCUCAAAUAUCGUGGCCUUCUCGGAUGCGAACUGAAGUUACGGUGCAGGAGACACUCCAACAGCACGGCAGUAGUAAGAACACCAGAGGACUUUCCUAGCGGUCGUAAGGGUCUCUGUAACCUUCCGUGCCCAGCCUCCCUUCCUUGCGGACAUUCUUGUCCAAAAAACUGCCACAUGGAUACUGAGGACCACACGCUGUUCACCUGCAGAGAGCGUUGCGGAAAGACAUGUUCAAGGGGUCACUGUUGCGACGAACGCUGCCACGGCCAGUGUACGCGUUGCACGGAGCACAUUAAGGUGGAGUUUCCUGUUUGCCACCAUACUUCCGACGUCCCGUGCUAUAUGGCAGAUAAGGCGAUUUGCACGAAAAAAUGCGGGCGACUCCUGAAUACAUGCGGUCAUCCGUGUGGCAAAACAUGCGGCGAGCUCUGCGGUGGAGCGUGCGUCGGAUCAAGUGCUGAGGUAGGUCCAUGCGGACAUCUCAUCGAAGUUCCGUGCAAGAUAUCUGGCUGUAUCGCUGCCAAUCCAGAACUCUGUCGAGCCCGCUGCGAGAGACUGCUACAAUGCGGACAUAGGUGUGCAGAGCGUUGUGGUGAGCCGUGUGGCGAUGACCCGUGCAGGGAAGCCGUAAAGAAGUCCUUACCCUGCGGCCAUACGGUCACUGCGGAGUGUCGUGAGUUGGCAACGGUUAUUGCAUGCCGGACGAAAUCUAGUUACGUGCUUCCUUGCGGACAUGACGUGGUCCUCGAAUGCUGGCAAACGCAAACUGAAUCAUUUUUCGCUUGCGAUCAGUGUCCGAAGUCCCUGCCAUGUGGACACACAUGCCGCUUCAGAUGCACCAGAGCUUGUAGCCACGUUUGCAGGGCCGAAGUAGCCGCUCUGUGCUUAUCUGGACACACCGUUGUAGUUCCAUGUUGGCAGCAGAAGGAUCCCUCUCCCAUUUCUAGGCUGUGCCGUGCACCUUGUCCAGCUAUCCUACAAUGCGGUCAUCCUUGCUGGAAUGCCUGCAAUGAACCUUGCGCAAGUACGUGCAACAAGUAUGUUACUUUGGACAGAGCUUGCGGCCACAAAGAUAUCGUUCCGUGCAGUCUGCGGGAAAAGGAAUUUCCUUGCUUAGAACCUUGUCCUCGGUCUCUUGCCUGCGGUCAUCCGUGCCCUGCCGCCUGCUACAAAACGCCGUGUCCAUACCCGUGCCAGCUAUCAUGUCCAAUGUCCUGCCCUCACGGCCCGUGUCCGACUGUGUGUGGUUAUCCGUGUCCACCUUGCGGAGAACCCUGCACGUGGUCGUGUCCGCACUAUCGUUGCGAUGCCUUGUGUUGCGAACCUUGUACACGGCCUCCCUGCGACCAUCGCUGCGCGAGACUGCUGCCCUGUGGUCAUGCUUGUCUCGGAGCCUGCGGCGAGCCCUGUCCGACGCUAUGCAGUGUUUGUAUGGUGAGCUAGAAGGACUGGUGUGUUGAACGGCGGUUGCAAACGGGUCGUGCCGACGGGCC